CGGACCGGCCCCGCGGGCUCUUUUGCUUAGAGACCCGGCGGGGUGUUCAGUCAGUCAGCUGAGUCUCUGAGCAGGGUUGCAGUCGUGGCUUGUUCUCGCCGAGGGGCCGAAAGAGGGGAGGAUUAGCCAUGUCGUCCUUGAUCAGAAGCGUGAUCAGCACCGCCAAAGCCCCGGGGGCCAUAGGCCCCUACAGUCAAGCUGUAUUAGUCGACAAGACCGUUUACAUUUCAGGACAGAUAGGCAUGGACCCAUCAAGUGGACAGCUUGUGCCAGGAGGGGUAGAAGAAGAAGCUAAACAAGCUCUUAAAAACAUGGGUGAAAUUCUGAAAGCUGCAGGCUGUGACUUCACUAAUGUGGUAAAAACAACUGUUUUGCUGGCUGACAUAAAUGACUUCAAUACUGUCAAUGACAUCUACAAACAGUAUUUCAAGAGUAAUUAUCCUGCAAGAGCUGCUUACCAGGUUGCCGCUUUGCCCAAAGGAGGCAGAAUUGAAAUUGAAGCAGUAGCUGUCCGAGGACCUUUCACAACACCAUUGCUCUAA